AUGCUUUUUGCUUCACGAAGCUUCUGUUGCCUUGGCAUUAGAAAAUACCAACUGCAAACAGAUUUGCUUUACAGAUCCAUCAAACAUUCAGCCUUUGGGACAAUGGCCUUCAGGCACAAAAACACAAGACGAAUUGAAGGCCUUGAUAGCAAUGUGUGGGUUGAAUUUACAAAGGUGGCAGCAGAUCCCUCAAUUGUUAACCUUGGUCAAGGCCUUCCUGAUAUAUCCCCUCCCAGCUAUGUUAAAGAAGAGCUGACAAAGGCAGCAGCGGUUGACAGACUGAACCAGUACACACGAGGCUUUGGACAUCCAUCGCUGGUGAAAGUCCUAUCUCAAGUGUACGAGAGAGUUUGUGGAAGAAAGAUUGAUCCUCUCACAGAUAUCCUGGUGACUGUAGGAGCUUAUGGAUCUCUCUUUAGUACAAUACAGGCAUUGAUUGAAGAGGGAGAUGAAGUAAUAAUAAUAGAGCCGUUUUAUGACUGUUAUGAACCAAUGGUAAAGAUGGCGGGUGCAAAGCCUGUUUUUAUCCCACUGAGAUACAAGAAUGAUGGAGCCUCCGCAUCUAGUGCUGAUUGGGUUUUAGAUCCCGCUGAACUUGCAAAUAAAUUUAAUUCCAAAACAAAAGCGAUUAUUCUGAAUACCCCGCACAACCCUAUGGGGAAGGUGUUUACCAGAGAAGAGCUCCAGGUAAUAGCUGAUCUCUGUAUCAAGCACGAUACCCUGUGCAUCAGUGAUGAGGUGUAUGAAUGGCUGGUGUACAAAGGAAAUAAACACAUUAAAAUAGCUACGUUGCCAGGUAUGUGGGAAAGAACAGUAACUAUAGGAAGUGCUGGAAAAACAUAUAGUGUAACUGGCUGGAAGCUUGGUUGGUCUAUUGGCCCUCAGAACCUGAUUAAGCAUUUGCAAGUUGUUCACCAAAAUACACUGUAUACUUGCCCAACCCCAUUACAGGAGGCUCUAGCACAAGCAUUUUGGAUAGACUAUAAACGCAUGGAUGACCCAGACUGCUAUUUUUACUCCCUGUCUCGAGAGCUGGAAAGCAAGCGUGAUCGAAUGGCUCAGCUACUUCAAGAAGCUGGACUAAAGCCUGUCAUUCCAGAUGGAGGAUACUUUAUGAUUGUUGAUGUUUCUACAUUAAAUGUGGAUCUCUCUGAUGUAGAUGAGAAACAACCUUAUGAUUACAAAUUUGUCAAAUGGAUGAUAGCAUCUAAGAAGCUGUCAGCAAUCCCCCUUUCAGCAUUCUGUGGUCCUGAGACAAAAAGGCAGUUUGAAAAAUACAUACGUUUUUGCUUCAUUAAGAAAGACAGCACACUAGAUGCAGCUGAAGUGAUCCUGAAGAACUGGAAUAAACAGACAGACUGAUCUUCUUAUUAACUCUUCCAUCCGGUAUAAUUAUCUAAUAGUAGUUAUUUUAUUGCAAAUUUAAUACAGUAAGAACUAAUAUGACAUUGUAAAUACUUUUGUGCUGCCACCUGCUGAGAAGUUAAAAUGAUUUACUGAAAUGUGUGUAAUGCAACCCAAAGGUUAUUUUCAGUCUUUUCAAAAUCAUUUACU